AUGAGGGCCGUGUCAUUCGUCGAACGAAUUGAGUUGGAUUUCUCAAAGAAUUUAUUAAAUGAUGCUCUUGCACUGGGAGAUAUUGACAAUGAUGGGGGCAAUGAAUUGGCAGUUGGAAAUAUAGAAGGUACCUUAUCUGUAUUUAAAGGAAAAGAGUUUAGUCCCUGGAAAAAAUGUUCUGAUCUGGGAAUGAUCACUUGUGUGAAAGUUGGUGAUAUCUGUAAUAGUGGAAAGAAUUUUUUGGUGUGUUUGACUGCCAAAGGUUGGUGUUAUAUCUUUGAUGUGAAAACAGAAUCAAAUGAGCCACCUGUUUCUGAGAAUGAAGAUGACAGCCAUACUUCCUUGCGACCAACUUUUACAGAGUAUCUGCCAGCUAACAGCAAACUGAUGCUCCUAGCUGAUGUAGAUGGUGAUGGUCGCAUUGAAGUAGUAGUGGGUUAUUCAGAUCGCACUGUCCGACUUUUCCGGUGGGAAGAUAUUUCUGAGUUGUCUGAGGAAUCCCCUGGUCACUUGACUCAAAUAGAAAAAUGGCAGUUAAAUGGACAGAUUGGUUCCAUCACAGUGAACAUGUCUGCUGAGAAUCAGCCAGAGUUAUUAGUGGCUCAGCCAGGAGGUACAUAUGCACGACUACAACUUCCAUCUGAAAAUAAUACAGCUUCUGGACCUGAAAGUAGGCAAGAUGUUUUAUAUGAAUCAUUGGGAACAUCUCAAACAGGAAAUAGUAAUGUUUAUACAGAAAUGCUUGGUGGAAUUUGCCCUUCAAAGUUUGGUGAAAUAUCUAAAGGCACAUACUUUGCUCUUUCUACACUUAAUGGCUCUUUGAUGCUAGUUGACCAGAAUUCAUUGCUCUGGAGUUUGCAAGUGGAUCAUCAGUUAUUUUCAUUGAGCAAACUUGAUGUCACUGGUGAUGGAACUGAAGAGGUUGUGUGCUGCUCUUGGGAUGGCCAGACUUAUAUUGUAAACCAUGCUUGUGAAGCUGUGCGCUUCCAGUUUGAAGAGAAUGUAGCUGCUUUUACUGUAGGAUUCUAUGCCAUCAACCCCCAGAAGAAUGUGCCUUGUUUUGUGUAUGCCACUUUUAAUAAUCGUAUCUACAUUUAUCACAAUAUCCGGUUACCACAAGUGGCAGCCACUAACCUAAUUGAGGUGAUGUCCAAGCUUCCACAAACAAAAGAAAUUCUACAAAAGCUGAACAUUGAUCCUACAGAUACUACCCAGCUACAGCAAGUCUAUCAUUACUGUCUAUAUGGAUUCAAAAAAUCUUGA